AUGGCGCAUCUCAACUACGAAACCCGGAUGCCGCUUGGCCAGGCGGUCGUCGAUCAGUUCCUCGGUCUUCGACCUCCCUCUAACAAAAUUCAAGUAAAACGGGUGUUAAUGAGGAUGAUUCGAGUAUUCAAAUCAGGCUACAUACAUCUGGAUCGAUGGUACCGGCGAAAAUCUCCGCUCAAAAACGCGCACAAUGGAUAGAGUGCCCAUUUCGAUUACUGGUAAAAACAAUUUCGCGUUAAGUUGAUAAAAUGGAGUUCAACAGAGUAUCCUCUGUGGAACUACGACGGUUCUUCAACCGGACAAGCGCAGGGCAGAGAUUCCGAUCGAUAUUUGAGGGUUCGUAAGAAGAAAUGAACUUCUUUGGUUUUUUUUUUGCAAGCGUAGUUACGCGUAAAGCCUUCGAACUAUACUAGAAAUGAUUUUGAAAAGUAUUUUCUCUGAAAUUUCUGCUUUUUUUUUAGAGUUUUUCCGGUCGUAUAAAAUGGUUUACUGGUUUUAAAACAACAGAAUAAAUAAAAAAAAAUUAGUACGGUAUGUUUUGGUUCUGUAAACACUAUGACGCACUUGCUGAAAAACUGAGUUCUCGCCCACAAAUAAUUUCAAAUUUUUUCCAAGUUUGUUUUCUUUUUACGUUGUUGUAUGUAGGAUUAAAGUAAACCAUAGAAUUAGAAAUAUGUUUUUCAAAUAAAUAAUAUUUUUCGUUUUUGCCGUUUUUUGACAUUUUUGAAUUAUAAAAAAGUAGUUGUGAAUUUUCUCAUGAUAGAAAUUUUAUUCCAAUUUGUCCUAGAAAGCAUUUUCAAAAUUGGAAUAAUACGUCUUUUGUUCAUUUUAUAAAUCUUUACCUCAAUUGAAUAUCAAUAAAGUUUCACUAUUCACAAGCUGUUUCUCAGGAAUUUCUGCAUGAUUUUUUUCCGCUUAAUUUGCUUCUACAUAUCUUCUUUCACUCGCAGGUAAAGGAGUUCUAUAUUUUCAGCCUGUGGCGACAUGUCCGGACCCGUUCCUUGGUGGAAUCAGUCGUCUGGUUCUCUGUGACACCCUCGAUCAUAAUAUGCGGCCAACUGGUAAGACUGGGUUUCUUAGGAACGCCAGAGUGGUUUCUAUAGGGUUUUAGGGCAAAAAACUGCCUUUACAGGGGUUAAAGUUAGGCGGUUCCUGUAGGGGUUUAAGUUCACAUCAUCCUCUACUGAGGUUUUUUUCCUUUAAAAAAAGAGACAAAUUUAUUAAAAAUUUUUUUAAAUGCUCAAUCUCAUAUAGUUUAUAAUAAUAAUCGACUAGAAUGUCCCCUAUAGUGGCCGCUUUUGCAAGCUUCAGUGACUUUUAUGUGGCGAGGUAAAUUGGUUCCUAGAAAAGAACCUUUAAGAGUCUCUCAAGUUGCCCCUAUAGGGACUAAUCUGUAGCUGCUAAAAUUUAUUCUAUUCUUCCUAAAAUCCUGUGAGAAUAUUCUCAAGUCAGCAAAUAUCUAUCACCUUUUAAAGAAACGAACCACCGGCAAGAGUGCGCCGAAAUAAUGCACCAAAUCCGGCAGCACCGCCCCUGGUUCGGCAUGGAACAGGAGUACCUGAUUGUGGACCGCGACGGACAUCCGCUCGGCUGGCCCAAACACGGCUACCCGGCGCCCCAGGGCAAGUACUACUGUAGCGUCGGCGCCGACCGCGCCUUUGGUCGCGAAGUCGUCGAGACCCACUACAGAGCCUGCCUCCAUGCUGGCAUCAACAUUUUCGGAACCAAUGCUGGUGCGGCUUCACAUUUUUUCAAGUAGCUCGGGUUUAGAAGUGACCCCUGGACAGUGGGAGUUCCAAAUCGGCACCUGCGAGGGCAUCGACAUGGGUGAUCAACUUUGGCUGGCUCGCUACAUUCUUCAUAGGUAUGGUUUUAUUUUCAGACGUUUAGAUGUCCUGAAGCCGCUUUUUAGUACAAGUAAUGGAUUUGAUCAUCGCUUUCUAGAAUACAGAUUCGCCUCCCGCGUUUUUAUUUUUCCCCCCGAGAUCGGAACUUGGCUUGGGGGGCUUGUUAGAAAACCGGAGGGGGGGAACGAAAGCAGUGUGGUAGGCGAAUUUUUUUCCUACUCAACCCCCUAAGCUCAUCCGAACAAGCCCCUCUCAUUUUAGAAUGACCCCCUCCCAUUUUAGAAUGGCCCCCUCAUUUCAGGAACAAUCCGACGUUACCAUACCAACAUGUUUGACUUUAACCUACAUUUGCUGUGAGGGGGGCUAUAUUGGAUAGUUGUGUGGGGUCGUUUUUUUUCAAAUGGGUCGCGAGGGGUGGAGCGAUACCCAACGUGGGGGAGGGGGUGUUAUACUGUAAUAUGCCCCUUGCCUGGAUUUUUUAAUGGUCAAGUAAAGCCAAAAAAAUUAUUCAAAAUCCAGCUUUUGUUGAGCCAUUACAAGUGCGGUAAUUAUCAAAAAAGUUUGAAAAUCGAGAAAUUUUCUAACCUGAAGAUUUAUUUUAAACUUCCAAUUUGUGAAUUUACGCAGUUUGAAAUAAACCCUCAAGUAGUAACUUGGAGACAAAUUUUUGUAACAUUGCUAACAAGGAAGGUCGUUGGGUCGGGAAUUUCCUGAAAAUUGGCCAGGAUGCUCCUUGAUGUACCAAAAGAAGGUUUUGAAAAUUUCAACCUGGUAAAUAUUCUAGUUUUUGAGAAAAAAGACCUCAAAAGUAGAGAAAAUCCUCAAAAUCCGUCAUAAUAGGCCAUUCAUUUCUCGAAAAUUAGGAACUUGUGCAGGUUGAAACUUUCAGAAAUCCCUUUUAGAUCAUCAAGGAGUGUCCUAGCCAAUUUUCAGAAGAACCUGACAAUUUUUUUUUCCAGAGUCGCCGAGCAGUUUGGCGUCUGCGUUUCGUUUGACCCAAAGCCCAACGUUUGACCAAUAAUUUUGAAACUUUUGUGGAAGUUUUCUUUUUGAAGGUCACUAUGGGAGACUGGAACGGCGCCGGAUGUCAUACCAAUUUCUCAACGGCCGAAAUGCGUGCUCCCGGCGGCUUGACGGCCAUUGAAGCUGUAAUUUUCCGGUUCUUGUCGACUUAAAACAAGAAAAUGUUUUUCAGGCCAUGACUGGGCUCGCCAAAACGCACUUGGAGUCGAUGAAGGUGAAUAUUUUGUGAAAAAAUGGACCUUUUGGAACCAAGGGGGGGCUAUUCUUCGUUUCAAACUUGCAACCCUCUUCCCCCUAAAUUUUUUUCUUCCGGUCCUUUGUCUUGUUCUUGUACGCGUAGUUCAUCCAGUUGCGCCUGUUGGUUGAAUCAAAGACCUUUUGGUGAGGGUUGAAUAAAAUGAGGGGGGUUGCUUUUUCACUUCAAACUUGCACCCCCUUCCCAAAAAAACGGGGUUGUUCGUGCGGAUUCGGGGGGCUUUUAAAAAUAAACCCGCAGCGUCUGUGAGGGAAGAAAAGAAAAACGACCGCCUUUCGCGAACUUGAGCUCCAAACGUGUAGUUGAUCAAGUUGAAAGAAGGUCUCGUCUCAUUCUUCUGAGCGUAGUCCACCCAACCGCGCCUUGACGAGCUCAAAAUGGAGUAGCUGGAGCCCGGAGAAGCUUCCCAUGAAGACUUUACACGAUAUCAGGAUGCGCUUACAGGUGUAUGACCCUCACGGAGGUCAGGACAACUUGAAGCGUCUGACUGGCCGCCACGAAACCAGCUCGGCUGACAAGUUCUCCUGGGGCAUCGCCAACCGCGGCUGCUCAAUCCGAAUCCCGCGGCAGGUCGCCAUGGAGGGAAAGGUGAAGCGGGCGUUUUUAUGGAAACCGCCGGAAAAAAUUAUUUUGCUCAUCAUAUGGGGCUCAAUCUCUUUGGAAAUCUAUACGGCUGCCUUUUUUCUGGAAUUUUACCAGAUUUUCAGAAAUGGCAGAAGUUUUCAUGAAGGUUGAACGACAUAAAAGAAAGAAAUUUGGUCAAAAGGACGUUUUUUUAUAAAUAUCUUAUGGUAGAACUGUACACAAUUUCUUGUAUUUUUUAAUUUCAUUAAAUUUUUGGGUUAUUCAUCUUGACAGGAACACUAUCUCAUUAAUAACUGUUCAUAUGGCUGCCUUUUUUUCUAAAAAAAAAGAGUCCGAAAGGCUAGAAAAGUGUAGCAAAAUGAAGAAAGGGCGCUAAUGUGUCCCUUUACAGAAACGUUUGAAAAAUGAGCAUGAAAGGCAGAAAAGAGGCAGAAAAAAUUAUACACAAAGGGUUGUAAUGAAGUAAAAAGUCAGCAUAAAAAAAUUUUCUCACCUUCCCAGGAAAUUUAUGAGUUUUGAUCCCAUCUUUAACUUUAUUAGAACGGUAGCCUAUCUGAAAAUAGUCCGAUAAACUUUGAAAAAAAAUCAAAUUCUUUGGAAGAGAUCCCCUUUUUUGCCGUUUUCACCUUUGAUUACGAUAUUUUAGGGCUACCUGGAAGACCGCCGGCCUUCGUCCAACUGCGACCCCUACAAAGUCACCGGGAUGAUCGCCAAAAGUAUUCUGCUAUGA